UACAUUAAAAUAUCAUUAUACAGUAACAAAUUUUGAUUCCUGGGUCAAUCAGAAUAGUAACAUGACAUCCGAUAAAGCUUUCGAACUGGUUCGGGAGUUAACGCGAACAACCGAAACCAUUCCUCCGUUCAAUGAUGAUGGAGUUCGAUCUGUGCUGGAAGAUAUUAAUCAGAUUUACCAGGAAAAUUAUAGUUUCGCGGUCUCGUACAAUCAAACCGGCGAUCGCAAGUAUCUGCCCCUGGUCAUGUAUCGGCACAAGCUAAUCCAACGUCAGAAGCGCUGUCUGAUGAUCUACUUGUACAACCGAAUCCAGAAGCUGAAGAAAGUCCGAUGGCAUUUGGGUGCCACGUUGCCUGCCGAUAUCAAGGCCAAUCUCAACGAGCCGGAGUUGCAGUGGUUCAACAACUACUCCAAGAUGUUGGCCAGCUACAUGAUGACGAUCGGUGAUGGCCAAGGGCUAAAUCUAACCAACGAUAUCAAACCACCGAAGUCGUUGUUUAUCGAAGUGCGCUGUCUCACCGAUUAUGGAAAGUUUGAACUGGAGAGUGGUGAAAUUGUUCUGCUGAAGAAAAAUAGCCAGCAUUAUUUGCCGAAGUUGCAGUGCGAGGCGCUCAUCCGGCAAGGCAUCUUGCAACACAUUGUUUGAUGUGAAUUAUUUAGCGAGGGAAUGUAUGUAUGCAAACGAAAGGAUUAAAUGAAUUUACAACAAUAAAUACGCUUAUUUGAAA